AUGAAGCGUUUUGUCUACAUAAAUGAUGAGUCUUAUCAGAACGACUACUGUGAUAACCGGAUUUCUAAUACAAAGUAUACCUUAUUGAACUUCCUGCCAAAAAACCUAUGGGAACAGUUCAGGCGCUUCAUGAAUCAAUAUUUCUUGUUGAUAGCUUGUCUGCAACUAUGGCCACUUAUCACUCCUGUAAAUCCUGCAAGUACCUGGGGCCCACUUAUAUUUAUCUUUGCAGUUUCUGCAACCAAAGAGGCAUGGGAUGACUACAACAGGUAUAUUUCAGAUAAACAAGCGAAUGAUAAAGAAGUGUGGAUUGUUAAGAAUGAUGCCCGGAAACAUAUUCAAGCUCAAGAUAUCCGUGUUGGUAACAUAGUUUGGAUUCGAGAGAAUGAAGAAGUACCAUGUGAUCUUGUUUUGUUGGGAACUUCUGAACCACAAGGCAUCUGUCACGUUGAGACAGCUGCUCUUGAUGGGGAAAUUGAUUUGAAGACAAGAGCAAGCCCACCACCUUGCGUAGGGCUGGAGUUUGAACAGCUGCACAAAAUAAAGGGUGUGAUCGAGUGCCCGAUACCAGAUAAAGACAUACGAAGAUUUGAUGCAAACAUCCGCCUGUUUCCUCCAUUCAUUGAUAAUGACAUUUGCCCAUUGACUAUUAAUAACACAUUGCUGCAGUCAUGCUACUUGAGAAAUACAGAAUGGGCUUGUGGCGUAGCAGUUUAUACAGGCAAUGAAACUAAGUUGGGGAUGAGUAGGGGUGUCCCAGAACCCAAGCUAACUGCUAUGGAUGCAAUGAUUGAUAAGCUUACUGGUGCCAUAUUCUUAUUUCAACUUACAGUCGUUGUCGUUCUUGGGGCUGCUGGCAAUGUUUGGAAGGAUAUGGAAGCUCGCAAGCAAUGGUAUGUUAAGUAUGAUGACAAUGAACCAUGGUAUCAGAUUCUGGUUAUACCUCUGCGGUUUGAACUAUUGUGUUCUAUUAUGAUUCCUAUUUCAAUAAAGGUUUCUUUGGACUUUGUUAAAAGUCUGUAUGCGAAGUUCAUAGAUUGGGAUGAGGAUAUGUAUGACCUGGAAAACGACAUACCUGCCCAUGCAGCAAACACAGCAAUUAGUGAAGACUUGGGGCAGGUUGAAUAUAUUUUGACAGAUAAAACUGGGACAUUGACUGAGAACAAGAUGAUCUUCAGAAGGUGCUGUAUCGGGGGUACCUUUUAUGGGAAUGAAUCUGGAGAUGCGCUCAGAGAUGUUGAAUUACUGAACGCUGUCGCCAAUAAUUCCCCUCAUGUCAUCAAGUUUUUGAAAGUCAUGACACUCUGCAAUACAGUAAUUCCUAUAAAAAGUCCUAGUGGAUCAAUUUUGUAUAAAGCCCAGUCCCAGGAUGAGGAUGCUCUGGUUAAUGCGGCUGCAAAUUUGCAUAUGGUUCUUGUCAGCAAGAAUGGAAACAAUGCAGAAAUUCACUUCAACCAGCGAGUGAUGCAAUGUGAGAUACUUGACAUCCUUGAGUUCACAUCUGACCGGAAAAGAAUGUCUGUUGUCGUUUUGGAUUGUCAGAGUGGCAAGAUUUUUCUCUUGUCCAAAGGAGCUGAUGAGGCAAUGCUUCCUUGUGCUUAUUCUGGACAAAAGACAAAGACGUUUGUUGAUGCAGUUGACAAAUAUGCUCAGCUGGGGUUGCGCACACUCUGCUUGGGAUGGCGUGAGCUGGAACCAGAGGAAUACACUAAAUGGUCUCAAUCAUUUAAGGAGGCUAAUAGCUCGUUGAAUGACAGGGAGUGGAAAGUUGCUGAGGUUUGCCAAAAGUUAGAACAUAGCUUGGAGAUUCUAGGUGUCAGUGCAAUAGAAGAUCGCCUCCAGGAUGGGGUACCAGAAACUAUCGAAAUACUGAGGCAGUCAGGAAUCAACUUCUGGAUGUUAACUGGUGAUAAACAAAGUACUGCCAUUCAAAUUGCUCUUUUGUGCAACUUGAUUUCUUCAGAACCUAAAGGGCAGCUCUUGCAUAUCAAUGGGAAAACUCAAGAUGAAGUUGCUAGAAGCUUGGAAAGAGUUCUUCUUACCAUGAGGAUUACGUCAUCAGAGCCUAAGGAGCUGGCUUUUGUAGUGGAUGGCUGGGCACUAGAGAUUAUUCUGUCACACUAUACUGAAGCUUUUACUGAACUAGCAGUUCUUUCAAAAACUGCAUUAUGCUGUCGGGUUACACCUUCACAAAAAGCUCAGCUAGUGAAGCUUCUAAAGUCAUGUGACUAUCAAACUUUGGCAAUCGGUGAUGGUGGGAAUGAUGUAAGGAUGAUACAACAGUCUGACAUUGGUGUAGGAAUUAGUGGUAGGGAAGGUCUUCAAGCUGCAAGGGCUGCUGACUAUAGCAUUGGCAAAUUCAGGUUCCUGAAAAGGCUGAUUCUUGUCCAUGGGCGGUACUCCUACAAUCGCACUGCCUUUCUUUCGCAGUACUCUUUCUACAAGUCAUUGUUAAUUUGCUUUAUUCAGAUAGUUUUUUCUUUCCUUUCAGGCAUUGCUGGAACAAGCUUAUUCAACUCAGUUAGUUUGAUGGCUUAUAAUGUUUUCUACACAAGCAUUCCUGUUUUAACUACUGUACUGGACAAGGAUUUAUCUGAAAAGACAGUGAUGCAAAAUCCAGAGAUAUUACUUUACUGCCAAGCCGGAAGGCUUCUCAAUCCAAGUACCUUUGCUGGUUGGUUUGGUCGAUCAUUGUAUCAUGCAAUCGUUAUUUUCUUAAUAACCAUCCAUGCAUACGCUAAUGAGAAAAGCGAGAUGGAGGAGCUCUCAAUGGUUGCACUCUCAGGAAGCAUUUGGUUGCAGGCAUUUGUUGUGACAUUGGAGAUGAAUUCCUUCACAUUUCUGCAACUUCUGGCCAUAUGGGGAAACCUCAUUGCCUUCUAUGUCCUAAACUUCUUUAUCAGCAGUAUACCCACUUCUGGAAUGUACACCAUCAUGUUCCGCCUUUGCAGACAACCAUCAUACUGGAUAACGCUGGUGUUGAUCAGUGGAGUUGGAAUGGGUCCUGUAUUAGCUCUGAAAUAUUUCAGAUAUACAUACAGACCUAGUGCGAUCAACAUUCUUCAGAAGGCCGAGCGCUCACGGGGGCCGAUGUACACCCUGGUGAAUCUGGAGUCCCAACUGAGAUCAGAUAAAGAUAAUAUGAUGGUAGCUGGUUCCACAGCACCAGCCAAGAAUAAGAGCUCUGUUUACGAGCCUUUGCUUUCUGACUCACCGAUGGCAUCCAGGAGAUCGCUUGGACCAUCUUCAUUUGACAUCUUCCAGCCAGCACAUUCCAGAACAUCUCACCCUAGAAAUAUAAAAGCCAAUUAA